AUGCCGUUGGAUCCCAGGUGGAAAUCGACCAACCGAGCGGCUCGGCUCUUGUCCCAUCGUCGCGUCACCUCCACCCCUCCGUGUCCAGGAGGCUCUCUCAGGUCCUUUUGACUCAUCUCGGUGUAUCUCUCUUUCUUCCUCUCUCUUCAUCUUGUCUUCACGGGCCACCGUAACCACUACUGCUCAGGAGAAGGAACAACUGCACCACUCGGCACUCCUAAGUCAUAUCGGACACUUUAUUGACAGAACAAAAGAUAUUAAUGAACUCAUGGCUUCUUUCCCCUCUGUGUGUUUACCAUGCCAAUACUGUGACCCUAUCUCCCAUUUUUGGCAGAGACCAGUGAAAUACGUCUGUACGGACAUGAUCCGGGUCAGUUUUGUGGUGGAGGCGGAGUUUGAGGCUUUUAGGAUGGGGUGCAACGUUUUAGAAUGUUGCAGAUAGAAAUGUAAUGUAUGGACGGACAUGAGAAUAAUGCCUAUAUACACACAAUGCAUCACAAUCUGUACAUUCUGUAAGGUUGCUCUCCCUGAAAAAGCCUCUGGUGUCAGCUGGACUUUCAAGUCCUUGGCUGCGUCCCUAAUGACUUGUAGAAAGAAGAAGCAGAAAAAGAGAAUUGGAUAUUGAUAGCACACUGUUGGUUUUAUGCAUGUGUUUUUUUUUUUUCAAAGGCCGAAAUGGUUAAACCCCCUAAUCCACUUCCACAUUGUGGAUUCCAAUCCCAUUUUGGUCGACAUCAUGAUAGCUGAUUUAUGGUCAAAUAAAUGGUAGCUAUUUCCGUCAGUCGGACCACUGACAACAAUUGUACAGUAUAGGAAUGGUUGUGUGCCCUGGUUGUGCACCCAGGGUUUGUGUUCCAAGAUGCUCUGACCGUAAUGUAUGUUCGAGAAUAAUUAACUUCCAAACAUUGGCAAGCAUUGUAUAGCUCAACCAAUGGAGGCAGUUUUUUGAGGACCCAAGGCCAGUUGUAGGGUUUUCUGUAGAGACAUGAGUGUGAAUAUAAUGGGAGCUGUCACCAAGUCACUUUUGUAGUCUUUUUAAUCUCUUUUUGUCUCUGCUGUGUACAUGGCAACUGAUAUUUGACCAUAGACACGACUUGAGAACUUAAACUGAUUUCGGUGUGGCGUGCAUCACAAGUCUGUCUUCCGUCUUAUGGAAUCGCAGUAGCCUACCUAACUCAUCUCAUCUGUCUGCAAUUUGUGCCCAUCUUGUUUUGUUUUUUUAAUGUGGUAGAACUGUUAAUAUAUGCAUUUUAUGAAAUGUAUUUUUAUUUUCAAUUAUGUACCAUUGUUCAAAGAUUUUAUAUCCUAACUUUGCAAUUCGCAAACCUUUGUAAUAUUCAAUGGUUUCUUUUAAAGACGUUUUAUGUAUUGUUAUUUUUAUUAUUCUGUAAUUAAAAUGAUAAUAUAAAUUAGAAAAAUCAAGACGUGUAAUGUGUAGCCUGGCUCCAAACUAACCUUGUAAAACCAACAAAUGAAAUCUGCAAAUGAGUGUCACAGCAUUCUGUCACAACAGUUCAUAAGACCUGCGACACAGAUUUUUUUUAUAGAAUAUAAAACGCAAAAAGUAGGCUUAUGUUCUGACCGUAAUAUCGCAACUAUUUCCUGAUCAAUAUAACUAAACCUAGUAAGUAUCAGUUGACCUUGAAACAUUAGAUUUUUUUCAACUAUAUGGCUGUGUUAUUGUUGCGCAUCCACAAAAUGGAUGAAGGGUGUGAUUGCGGCUUGCAAUUCAAGGUGUUCUUGCAGUUGGGCGUUUCUGCAUCUGCAGUAACCCCUCUAUAUACUUCCAUAUGCUGGUAGAGUGGAACGUACCAACGCGUUCUAAACCGCUCUGGUGACAAAAAAACGUUGUUGCCCUGUCUCCAACUAUCCACGUCUGGCUGCUUUGCUACCACCGAAAACAUCGGGAAGAUUGCCCAAAACACGGAGGCAGUGAGAACCUAUUUGAGUAAAUACAUUUCUUUUAAUAAUGUAAUUUGAUUGAUUGCUUUCAACUUAAUUGGGGUAAAGUCUGAGUUGGGACUUCCCAAGGAUCCCGGAUAGCAAGAACCCUGAAACCACACAGUGCGCCUCCUCAGACUUUUGAUGAUAGUUCGGCAAACUCUGCCACUCUUAUCGGUGCAGGUGAAGCACGCCUCUGUUUCAUGCAGCACGCCAGAACAGUUCUACCACACCCACAACUGAAGCACAAUCAUGGGGCUUGUUUGAGUGGUAAGCAGGGUUUUAGUGACCAAUUUGUAAGUCGCUCUGGAUAAGAGCGUCUGCUAAAUGACUUCAAUGUAGUGCUGUUGGGGCACUCCCUCGCGUUAUUGGAGCUGCUAAAACUAUUUUUGGAAAAUUAAUUCUAACAAUUGUAUGUAGUUACUGUUAAAAUUAUAUGAAAACAUUAUAGAAUGACAAACCAAAUAAAUAACCUAUGUUUAGCAGCUUAGAGAAAUAGUGGUUGCUUCCCUGGUGGUGGCGAGAAUAAUGAACUGUAGGCUGUGUGUGCACACUGCGGAUGCCCAUCAGAGAAUUGGCCACUUUGGCCAAUCAGAACGUUGAAAAAUUAUCACCAGCAGUUCCUAUCCAGCUUUAUAACCCCCUAAAGUCGACUGACGCACCGGUGCGUCAAUCUAAGUUACUUUUUUUUUUAUCCCCAUCAAAAUCUGUCAGUUUAAGCUAGAGAUCGCAUUGGAUGCGUCUCAAUCCACUGCAUCCGCCAGUGUCGCUCUUCAGCAUCUGCGGUGAAAGGUGGCAGAGGUAUGGUCUGACAACCACUGCUCUGAGACAUCCCGAAGAUCGGUCGUCUCACGUAAACGUCUGUAGCAUCCAAAUGUUUUAGCCUACAAACUAUCAGGAUCUCUCGAUGGAAAGGGGAGAUAACGUUUUGUUCUACGAUCCCCACAAGUGUCACGGGACUCGUCUGAGGGUAACCCGUACCGGUAAAAAAAACAACGAAUGGAAGUAUGAAGGUAGUUUUGUGCCUGCCCAAAAAAGGUGUUAAAUACACUACAUAACCAAAAGUAUGUGGACACCUGCUCAUCGACCAUCUCAUUCCAAAAUCAUGGGCAUUACUAUGGAGUUGGUCCCUCCUUUGCUGCAAUAACAGCCUCCACUCUUCUGGGAAGAAUGUCCACUACCUAAUUGCUCCUGUAAGUCGCUCUGGAUAAGAGCGUCUGCUAAAUGACUAAAAUGUAAAUGUAGAUGUUGGAACAUUACUGUGGGUACUUACUUCUAUUCAGCCGCAAGAGCAUUAGUGAGGUCGGGCACAGAUGUUCGGCGAUGUGGGACCUUAUAUUUACAGGUGUGUGCCUUUCCAAAUCAUGUCCAAUCAAUUGAAUUUACCACAGGUGGACUCCAAUCAAGUUGUAAAAACAUCUCUAGGAUGAUCAAUGGAAAUAGGAUGCACCUGAGCUCAAUUUCGAGUCUUAUAGCAAAGGGUCUGUAUACUCAUGUAAAUCAGGUAUUUCAUUUUUUUAUUUUUAAUACAUUAGCAAACAUUUCCAAAACCCUUUUUUCGCUUUCUCAUUAUGUGGUAUUGUGUGUAGAUUAAUAAGGAUUUUUUUUAAAAUAUCAAUUUUAGAAUAAGGCUGUUACGUAACAAAAUGUGGAAAAAGGGAAGGGGUCUGAAUACUUUCCGAAUGCACUGUACAUUUGGCAAAUAGAAUGCAAAAAGGUCAAUUUCAACCAGAACCAUGUACAUGACAUUAAGGUCUGAAAGGCACUCACCCAUUUGGUUAAGUCAGGAGUAUUUUUUUGGUUGCAGGAAGAUUAUGAUCACUUGCUCGAAAAUGUAAAGUAGCCAUUUUCACCUACACACGGGAGGAAUCAGAAAGAUCAGACUACUGAAAGUAUUUGCAUUUUGGUUGUUAUCUGUAAAAAAUAAAAAUCACCUGCCCAAUGGGGCAACCUCAGAGAAGCUCAACUUGCACAACUGCUCAGGUCACUUUCCCCAGGCAAUAGCACAACCCUUAAAGGGGAAGUUCUCCCAUUUUUACAUGUAGCCUUAUUUUCACUCUUUCUGUGCUUGUAGUUGAUCCCCCAAACGAUAUUUUAAAAAAUUGGUUGUCACAUUUUACUGAGUCAUCACUUACCAUUGACUACAAUGCAUUACGAAAAUGUGUCUAAAGCAUGUUAUAAAACACUACAAAACACUCCAUACCAACUCAUAUUACAUCAGAAUCUCAUUUUGGAUAAUGUCUGUGCACUCAAUUUGGGAUUUAUUUUCCACUGUGCCAUAAAUCCAUGUUCAAAUGAUGCUGUUUACAACAACAACAAAAAUAUGCAAAUAUGGACCAGUGGACAUUUUAUUUUUUCUAAAAUUGAGUGUGAACUUCCCCAUUAAUGUCAAUCACUGACGUAUGAUGACUGAAAUAGUCAAGGUUAUGUUUUCUAUUAGUGUACUUUAGGAUCACCACCUUUGAACCUCAAGAUGAUGCUCAAUACCUUUUACUGCCUGGGGACAUUUACACACGUUCAUUCAGCAUUACCCGAGGCCCGAUGAUAGUAUUUGAAUUUGUAUUUAUUAUGGAUCCCCAUUAGCUGCUGCCAAGGCAGCAGCUCCUCUUCCUGGGGUCCAGCAAAAUUAAGGCAGUUCAUGCAAUUUUAAAAACAUUACAAUACAUUCACAGAUUUCACAACACACUGUGUGCCCUCAGGCCCCUACUCCACCACUUCCACAUACACUACCAUUCAAAAGUUUGGGGUCACUUAGAAAUGUCCUUGUUUUCGAAAGAAAAGCAAUUUUUCGUCCAUUAAAAUAACAUAAAAUUGAUCAGAAAUACAGUGUAGACAUUGAUAAUGUUGUAAAUGGCAAUUGUAGCUGGAAACUGCUGAUUUUUAAUGGAAUAUCUACAUAGGCGUACAGAGGCCCAUUAUCAGCAACCAUCAGUCAUGUGUUCCAAUGGCACGUUGUGUUUGCUAAUCCAAGUUUAUCAUUUUAAAAGGCUAAUUGAUCAUUAGAAAACCCUUUUGCAAUUAUAUAAGCACAGCUGAAAACUGUUGUGCUGAUUAAAGAAGCAAUAAAACUGGCCUUCUUGAGACUAGUUGAGUAUGUGGGUUCGAUUACAGGAUCAAAAUGGCCAGAAACAAAUAACUUUCUUCUGAAACUCGUCAGUCUAUUCUUGUUCUGAGAAAUGAAGGCUAUUCCAUGCGAGAAAUUGCCAAGAAACUGAAGAUCUCGUACAACGCAUUGAACCAGGAGAGAUUGACAUGCAUAUUAUUAAUAUUAGCUCUCUGUGUACAUCCAAGGGCCAGCCGUGCUGCCCUGUUCUGAGCCAAUUGCAAUUUUCCUAGGUCCUUUCUUGUGGCUCCUGACCACACGACUGAACAGUAGUCCAGGUGUGACAAAACUAGGGCCUGUAGGACCUGCCUUGUUGAUUGUGCGGUUAAGAAGGUAGAGCAGUUUAGUCACCUCAACUUACUCAAUUUCCACAUGAUUUAUUACAAGAUUUAGUUGAGGUUUAGGGUUUAGUGAAUGAUUUGUCCCAAAUACAAUGCUUUUAGUUUUGGAAAUAUUUAUGACUAAUUUAUUCCUUGCCACCCACUCUGAAACUAACUGCAAAUCUUUGUUAAGUGUUGCAGUCAUUUCAGUCGCUGUAGUAGCUGACAUGUAUAGUGUUGAGUCAUCCACAUACAUAGACACUCUGGCUUUACUCAAAGCCAGUGGCAUGUCAUUAGUAAAGAUUACAUUUUUCAAUGGGCCUAGACAGCUGCCCUGGGGAAUUCCUGAUUCUACCUGGAUUAUGUUGGAGAGGCUUCCAUUAAAGAACACUGUUAGACAGGUAACUCUGUAUCCACAAUAUAGCAGGUGGAGUAAAGCCAUAACACAUACGUUUUUCCAGCAGCAGACUAUGAUCGAUAAUGUCAAAAGCCGCACUGAAGUCUAACAAAACAGCCCCCACAAUCUUUUUAUCAUCAAUUUCUCUCAGCCAAUCAUCAGUCAUUUGUGUAAGUGCUGUGCUUAUUUAAUGUCCUUCUCUAUAAGCAUGCUGAAGGUUUGUUGUCAAUUUGUUUACUGUAAAAUAGCAUUGUAUCUGGUCAAACAAUUUUUUCCAAUAGUUUACUAAGGGUUGGUAACAGGCUAAUUGGUAGGCUAUUUGAGCCAGUAAAGGGGGCUUUACUAAUAAUUGUUUCACCUCUUCCACACUCACUUUACGGAAUUCAAAAUGACAAUGCUUGUCUUUCAUAAUUUGGUCAGAUAUACUUGGAUGUGUAGUGUCAGCAAUUGUUGCUGGCAUGUCAUGCCUAAAUUUGCUAAUCUUGCCAAUGAAAAAAUCAUUAAAGUAGUUGGCAAAAUCAGUUGGUUUUGUGAUGAAUGAGCCAUCUGAUUCAAUGAAUGAUGGAGCUGAGUUUGCCUUUUUUCCCAAGAUUUCAUUUAAGGUGCUCCAAAGCUUUUUACUAUCACUCUUUAGGUCAUUUAUCUUUGUUUCAUAGUGUAGUUUCUAAUUCUUUUUAUUCAGUUUAGUCACAUGAUUUCUCAAUUUGCAAUACGUUUGCCAAUCAUUUGUGCAGCCAUACUUAUUUGCCAUUCCUUUUGCCUCAUCCCUCUCAACCAUACAAUUUUCCAAUUCCUCAUCAAUCCAUGGGCAUUUAACAGUUUUUACAGUCAUUUUCUUAAAUGGGUGCAUGCUUAUUAGUAACUGGAAUAAGCAAUUUCAUAAAUGUGUCAAGUGCAGUGUCUGUUUGCUCCUCAUUACACACCACAGACCAACAUACACUGCUCAAAAAAAUAAAGGGAACACUUAAACAACACAUCCUAGAUCUGAAUGAAUGAAAUAAUCUUAUUAAAUACUUUUUUCUUUACAUAGUUGAAUGUGCUGACAACAAAAUCACACAAAAAUUAUCAAUGGAAAUCCAAUUUAUCAACCCAUGGAGGUCUGGAUUUGGAGUCACCCUCAAAAUUAAAGUGGAAAACCACACUACAGGCUGAUCCAACUUUGAUGUAAUGUCCUUAAAACAAGUCAAAAUGAGGCUCAGUAGUGUGUGUGGCCUCCACGUGCCUGUAUGACCUCCCUACAACGCCUGGGCAUGCUCCUGAUGAGGUGGCGGAUGGUCUCCUGAGGGAUCUCCUCCCAGACCUGGACUAAAGCAUCCGCCAACUCCUGGACAGUCUGUGGUGCAACGUGGCGUUGGUGGAUGGAGCGAGACAUGAUGUCCCAGAUGUGCUCAAUUGGAUUCAGGUCUGGGGAACGGGCGGGCCAGUCCAUAGCAUCAAUGCCUUCCUCUUGCAGGAACUGCUGACACACUCCAGCCACAUGAGGUCUAGCAUUGUCUUGCAUUAGGAGGAACCCAGGGCCAACCGCACCAGCAUAUGGUCUCACAAGGGGUCUGAGGAUCUCAUCUCGGUACCUAAUGGCAGUCAGGCUACCUCUGGCGAGCACAUGGAGGGCUGUGCGGCCCCCCAAAGAAAUGCCACCCCACACCAUGACUGACCCACCGCCAAACCGGUCAUGCUGGAGGAUGUUGCAGGCAGCAGAACGUUCUCCAUGGCGUCUCCAGACUCUGUCACGUCUGUCACAUGUGCUCAGUGUGAACCUGCUUUCAUCUGUGAAGAGCACAGGGCGCCAGUGGCGAAUUUGCCAAUCUUGGUGUUCUCUGGCAAAUGCCAAACGUCCUGCACGGUGUUGGGCUGUAAGCACAACCCCCACCUGUGGACGUCGGGCCCUCAUACCACCCUCAUGGAGUCUGUUUCUGACCGUUUGAGCAGACACAUGCACAUUUGUGGCCUGCUGGAGGUCAUUUUGCAGGGCUCUGGCAGUGCUCCUCCUUGCACAAAGGCGGAGGUAGCGGUCCUGCUGCUGGGUUGUUGCCCUCCUACGGCCUCCUCCACGUCUCCUGAUGUACUGGCCUGUCUCCUGGUAGUGCCUCCAUGCUCUGGACACUACGCUGACAGACACAGCAAACCUUCUUGCCACAGCUCGCAUUGAUGUGCCAUCCUGGAUGAGCUGCACUACCUGAGCCACUUGUGUGGGUUGUAGACUCCGUCUCAUGCUACCACUAGAGUGAAAGCACCGCCAGCAUUCAAAAGUGACCAAAACAUCAGCCAGGAAGCAUAGGAACUGAGAAGUGGUCUGUGGUCACCACCUGCAGAACCACUUCUUUAUUGGGGGUGUCUUGCUAAUUGCCUAUAAUUUCCACAUGUUGUCUAUUCCAUUUGCACAACAGCAUGUGAAAUGUAUUGUCAAUCAGUGUUGCUUCCUAAGUGGACAGUUUGAUUUCACAGAAGUGUGAUUGACUUGGAGUUACAUUGUGUUGUUUAAGUGUUCCCUUUAUUUUUUUGAGCAGUGUAUAUUCUUUACAUCAACAACAUAGGAAUCACUACAAAACUUUUUGUAUGACCUCUUAUACACAAUAUAUUUGGAUACUGCUUUCAAACAAAUAUCUGCAGUAUUAGUAAAGAUAUGAUCAAUACAUGUUGAUGAUUUCAUUCCUGUACUGUAACUACCCUGGUAGGUUGACUGAUAACCUGAACCAGGUUGCAGGCACUGGUUACAGUUUGAAGCCUUCUCUUGAGUGGGCAGCCUGAUGAAAGCCAGUCAAUAUUUAAAUCACCCAGAAUGUAUACCUCUCUAUUGAUAUUACAUACAUUAUCAAGCAUUUCACACAUGUUAUCCAGAUACUGACUGUUAGCACUUGGUGGUCUAUAGCAGCUUCCCACCAGAAUGGGCUUUAGGUGAGGCAGAUGAACCUGUAGCCAUAUUAAUUCAACAGUACUUAACAUGAGAUCCUCUAUAAUCUUCACAGGAAUGUGGUUCUGAAUAUAAACAGCAACACCUCCACCAUUGGCAUUUCUAUAUUUUCUGUAAAUGUUAUAACCUUGUAUUGCUACCACUGUAUCAAAAGGUAUUAUCUAAGUGAGUUUCAGAGAUAUUCAGAAUAUGAAUGUCAUCUGUUACUAGCAAAUUAUUGAUUUCAUGAACAUUGUUUCUUAAACUACAUAUGUUAAUGUGGGCUAUUUUGAGCACUUUUCUUCUGGGAUGCUUACUUGUAUUUAUUGCUUUACUGGGAAGCUUAGCAGCAGUAGAUGUGGUCAUGUUCUUUAUGUUAGUGCAGGGUGAGCUGCACACAGUGGACUUCCUCCUAGGGCACACCGGCUCAGUGCUAACAGUAUAGAUCUGGUUCUUAGGCACAUGAUUACUGCAUACAAUAGCUGUAGGAUUAGCGGUGGCAUUCAGGGCAGUUAGAGGGACAUACAUUAGAUAGUAGAAGUCACUGUACUGUUUCACUGCCAUGGUGGUUGUCUGUGGUCAAAGGCAUCCUAUGACAGAAUAAUGUAUUGAACCAUGUAAUAAAACUAAAACCAUAAGGAGAGUCGGAUACCUAAAGCAGUUAAAUCUCAAUGCUGCACUUAAACUCACAUCUCUGGUUUAAUAUGGAUGCUGAUGUGGUGAUAUUUACUAUGUAGCCUACAGGACACCUCAUCAAACCACUACCUGGUCACUGACUUCAGGCAGAACAAUAUACAGUGGGGGAAAAAAGUAUUUAGUCAGCCACCAAUUGUGCAAGUUCUCCCACUUAAAAAGAUGAGAGAGGCCUGUAAUUUUCAUCAUAGGUACACGUCAACUAUGACAGACAAAUUGAGAAAAAGAAAUCCAGAAAAUCACAUUGUAGGAUUUUUAUUGAAUUUAUUUGCAAAUUAUGGUGGAAAAUAAGUAUUUGGUCACCUACAAACAAGCAAGAUUUCUGGGUCUCACAGACCUGUAACUUCUUCUUUAAGAGGCUCCUCUGUCCUCCACUCGUUACCUGUAUUAAUGGCACCUGUUUGAACUUGUUAUCAGUAUAAAAGACACCUGUCCACAACCUCAAACAGUCACACUCCAAACUCCACUAUGGCCAAGACCAAAGAGCUGUCAAAGGACACCAGAAACAAAAUUGUAGACCUGCACCAGGCUGGGAAGACUGAAUCUGCAAUAGGUAAGCAGCUUGGUUUGAAGAAAUCAACUGUGGGAGCAAUUAUUAGGAAAUGGAAGACAUACAAGACCACUGAUAAUCUCCCUCGAUCUGGGGCUCCACGCAAGAUCUCACCCUGUGGGGUCAAAAUGAUCACAAGAACGGUGAGCAAAAAUCCCAGAACCACACGGGGGGGCCUAGUGAAUGACCUGCAGAGAGCUGGGACCAAAGUAACAAAGCCUACCAUCAGUAACACACUAUGCCGCCAGGGACUCAAAUCCUGCAGUGCCAGACGUGUCCCCCUGCUUAAGCCAGUACAUGUCCAGGCCCGUCUGAAGUUUGCUAGAGUGCAUUUGGAUGAUCCAGAAGAGGAUUGGGAGAAUGUCAUAUGGUCAGAUGAAACCAAAAUAUAACUUUUUGGUAAAAACUCAACUCGUCGUGUUUGGAGGACAAAGAAUGCUGAGUUGCAUCCAAAGAACACCAUACCUACUGUGAAGCAUGGGGGUGGAAACAUCAUGCUUUGGGGCUGUUUUUCUGCAAAGGGACCAGGAUGACUGAUCCGUGUAAAGGAAAUAAUUAAUGGGGCCAUGUAUCAUGAGAUUUUGAGUGAAAACCUCCUUCCAUCAGCAAGGGCAUUGAAGAUGAAAUGUGGCUGGGUCUUUCAGCAUGACAAUGAUCCCAAACACACCGCCCGGGCAACAAAGGAGUGGCUUCGUAAGAAGCAUUUCAAGGUCCUGGCGUGGCCUAGCCAGUCUCCAGAUCUCAACCCCAUAGAAAAUCUUUGGAGGGAGUUGAAAGUCCGUGUUGCCCAGCGACAGCCCCAAAACAUCACUGCUCUAGAGGAGAUCUGCAUGGAGGAAUGGGCCAAAAUACCAGCAACAGUGUGUGAAAACCUUGUGAAGACUUACAGAAAACGUUUGACCUGUGUCAUUGCCAACAAAGGGUAUAUAACAAAGUAUUGAGAAACUUUUGUUAUUGACCAAAUACGUAUUUUCCACCAUAAUUUGCAAAUAAAUUCAUUAAAAAUCCUACAAUGUGAUUUUCUGGAGAAAAAAAAUUCUCAAUUUGUCUGUCAUAGUUGACGUGUACCUAUGAUGAAAAUUACAGGCCUCUCUCAUCUUUUUAAGUGGGAGAACUUGCACAAUUGGUGGCUGACUAAAUACUUUUUUUCCCCACUAAGUCAGAAGCUAUUAGAAAAUAAUAUAAAUAGAAUAGAAACAAUGCAAUUUAAAAGGGAGCCUAUGUUGAUUAAUGGUUAUAAACUGUACAUCUAAUGAUCUAGGACCUAGGUCCUGCUACAUCUUCAAUAUUGAGCGUAGCCAACAUGCCAACGGCAAGACCAUUCCUAUCCUGUUCUGUAGGAGGACCUUUUCCUGCAAGGUAAGAAAGGGUGUGUACAUUUCUAACUGUAUGACAUUUGAGACAUUCUUAUGAUAUGGGUAGGGCUACUUUUAAAAGCUCUGGCAUCCUUUCACGACUUUCACUACAGUACUUCAGAAUUAUGACAAGCAACUCGUUCCACUUGCAAACAUAACCACGUGAGAGACGGCUUGAAUGGAUUUUGGUAAGUCAACUAGUACUGCUCGUUGCAAGAUUUUUUAAAGUCAAAUUCAGAUAAUGACACAUGUGGAUAUUGCAAUGUCAACGUAGCCUAUAUCAUGUAGUACAGUACAGUGACUGGGUAAUUGGUAGACUUUAAAAACGAAUACUGAGUUUGGUAAAGGUGUAGAAUGUAACAUUUUCUUACAAAAUAUUUUAAUCCUUAUUGGUGUAUGUUCUGUUAAUUUAAUAUGAUUUCUGAAAGCGGUCAUUAAAAAAUAAAUGUAUUUACUUCUGAGCCUUUAAAAAAGAUACAAAGUUGGCCUGUACAGUAUAUUGCAGAGAACUACAGUGAGGGAAAAAAGUAUUUGAUCCCCUGCUGAUUUUGUACGUUUGCCCACUGACAAAGACAUGAUCAGUCUAUAAUUUUAAUGGUAGGUUUAUUUGAAGAGUGAGAGACAGAAUAACAAUAAAAAAAUCCAGAAAAACGCAUGUCAAAAAUGUUAUAAAUUGAUUUGCAUUUUAAUGAGGGAAAUAAGUAUUUGACCCCUCUGCAAAACAUGACUUAGUACUUGGUGGCAAAACCCUUGUUGGCAAUCACAGAAGUCAGGCAUUUCUUGUAGUUGGCCACCAGGUUUGCACACAUCUCAGGAGGGAUUUUGUUCCACUCCUCUUUGCAGAUCUUCUCCAAGUCAUUAAGGUUUCGAGCCUGAUGUUUGGCAACUCGAACCUUCAGCUCCCUCCACAGAUUUUCUAUGGGAUUAAGGUCUGGAGACUGGCUAGGCCGCUCCAGGACCUUAAUGUGCUUCUUCUUGAGCCACUCCUUUGUUGCCUUGACCGUGUUUUGGGUCAUUGUCAUGCUGGAAUACACAUCCACAACCCAUUUUCAAUGCCCUGGCUGAGGGAAGGAGGUUCUCACCCAAGAUUUGACAGUACAUGGCCCCAUCCAUCGUCCCUUUGAUGCGGUGAAGUUGUCCUGUCCCCUUAGCAGAAAAACACCCCCAAAGCAUAAUGUUUCCACCUCCAUGUUUGACGGUGGGGAUGGUGUUCUUGGGGUCAUAGGCAGCAUUCCUCCUCCUCCAAACACGGCGAGUUGAGUUGAUGCCAAAGAGCUCAAUUUUGGUCUCAUCUGACCACAACACUUUCACCCAGUUCUCCUCUGAAUCAUUUAGAUGUUCAUUGGCAAACUUCAGAUGGCCCUGUAUAUGUGCUUUCUUGAGCAGGGGGACCUUGCGGGCGCUGCAGGAUUUCAGUCCUUCACGGCGUAGUGUGUUACCAAUUGUUUUCUUGGUGACUAUGGUCCCAGCUGCCUUGAAUCAUUGACAAGAUGGUGGCGAGUUUGGAAUCUGAUUGAUUGAUUGCUUCUGUGGACAGGUGUCUUUUUAAGAGUGUGCUCCUAAUCUCAGCUCGUUACCUGUUUAAAAGACACCUGGGAGCCAGAAAUCUUUCUGAUUGAGAGGGGGUCAAAUACUUAUUUCCCUCAUUAAAAUGCAAAUCAAUUUAUAACAUUUUUGACAUGUGUUUUUCUGGAUUCUUUUGUUUUUAUUCUGUCUCUCACUGUUCAAAUAAACCUACCAUUAAAAUUAUAGACUGAUCAUUUCUUUGUUAGUGGGCAAAUGUACAAAAUCAGCAGGGGAUCAAAUACUUUUUUCCCUCACUGUAUAUACAAAUAUUUACAGAUAUGGGCAGAUCAGCAAAUUAUUCCUGAGUAAUCUCUACUUUGGUUGUGGGAAUUUAAAAAUAUAUAUUUGUAUUCAUUUCUUUCUUUUUUUGAAGACCUUGGUAAAGCGGAGCUCCACUGUGAGAAGAACAACACAGCCCACAACACCAAUGACAUCUCAGUGGACAGAUAGUCAGGAGAGGCCAGUCCUUCCUGGUCCCCUUUGACCUCCAUGGCCCCUUCAGGCCCACGACAGACACACUGGAGUUGACCAUGGAGACAGGUAAGCUAUCUCUGCUAUACUAUAUAUAGUAUACUGUAAUGCUGAGAUCUAAGUAAAUAUUGUUUAUUUUUUGACAAAUAUAGUACCUCACCAUUUCAUCCAUUUCUGAACGUUUUCUUCCAUUUCGUGCCUACUGAGCACGACCCAAAACGAAUCCCCCAUCUCCAUCCAGGGCCCCAGCCUUCGGAGGCGUUGGGGAGCAGGUCUGUGUUCGGGCUCCCUGAGGCCGUGGGAAAUGUCAGUCACCCUAAGUGUAACCAGCCCAGACUUGAGAGUACGGUAAAGCGAGACUACUGCAGACAAUAAAUUACAAUGGAGUGUAAAGCAUUCAUAGAAAUGUUCAAUAGAACUGUAACAAAUUAACUUUUUUAAUCACAUGCAGGAGAACGCGAGGUGAAUGCCUCACUACAGCCAUGAUAACACAAGUCAAUAUUUGAUAUCCGCAGAAUGUGUGAAAUGGCACAUUCCUGGUAUUCCUUAUCAGUUUAGGAAACUGGAAAUGGUUAAUUUAGUGAGAUUGUAAACCAUGUAUCUUUAUAGGUUGGGAAGAGACAAAACUUUUUUAUGACAUAAUGGAUCAUGUAAAAAAACAUAGCAGUUUCAAAACAUGAAUUCUGUGUUUUGUACUGGGCUGUAGAGGACAUCUACCAGAAGAGGAGGAGAGGCAGGAGUAUGUGAUGAGAGAACAAGGCCUGGAAGAUACAUCAGCUCCCUAGCGGGUACAAAGAGCAAGCAAGACAGUAUGGUUACAGCUGAAAAGCACUAGCUACUCAAAACUUAUAAAGGGUGGUUUCCCUGACACACAUUUAAGCCUAGUAGUGGACUAAAAAGAUAACUCAAUGGAGAAUCUCCAUAAAAAAUAUUUUUUGGUUCAGAUAAGCCCAGGACUAAUUUGUCUCUGGAAAAUUAGCUAAUGUUGACUGCGCUAUUUAGCCAGCUCGCUAAGUUUACCAGGGUGUUACUAUAGCUACAGCCACACUAUGCCAGGUAGUUACAUUUUCUUUCUGUAUACUUUUAUUUUACCCAUAGAGGUCCAGUCGGGUUUGGUUAAAUAGUUAUGUGGCUUUUGACUGGGUUUCAAGCCUAACUAUGUUGUUUAUAUUACUUCAGAGAAUUUGAGCUACUAUUACGUUUGCUGGCUUGUUUAUUGUUAGAGAUGUAUGCUAGCGUUAGUGAUACCGAGGCAGGGAUAAGCUACUCACUGGCUGUGAAUUGUAUUUCCAUGUCAGUACUGAGGUGUUUGGGAAUGUCGAGUGAUUACUACCAGUCAGCUCACGACACCGACAAACAUCUGACAGUCGACGACUUCUUCUCCGAAUAUGGAGUCUGAACCCAAAAGACCCAUGACAAUGUAUGGUAAGUGCUACAUGAGGUCAUUAUAGCUACUAAGAGAGGUGUCAAUUGGAUAAGGUCUUAAAGACUGUUGCGUUUCUGUUCAGGAACUACCAUGUGUGGGUGGAGGCCUGGAUGAGACGGCCCGUUCUCUCUGGAGACUCCUUAUAUGACGGCUGGCAGGCUGUGGACCCCACCCCCCAGGUACGGUCCAACUUCCAUCUCAGCUCACACUAAUUUACACAAUAACACACUCCUGGAGUAUUUUGUGUUAUUAUUGCGCAGAUUGACCUCAAGCUUGUACUGAAAAGCGACCACCGUGUGACUCGGACACCACUAAUCCAUGUCAACGCUCAGGCCAUAAGAUACACCGGCAUCCCAUCCUCCCAGAUAAAGACAGAAUUGAAACAACAGGAGCACCGUCCCAACCAAGGUAGAGUGACAAUGUCUCUUGAACUAUUUUUAUGAGUAGGCCAAUGGGAAAUGCUUCUCAAAACCAAGAGCACAUUACAGCUAUUGACUUUUAUAAUUCUUUGUCAACAUCCUGGGUUAUGACAAAAAGGUGGUGCAUUUCAGGAGGGCGAAUAAUUAAGGUCUUGAAAAGGUCGCCAACAUUGUCCUAUGGACUCUACAGUAUGUUGGCCUGUGAUACCAUGACAUUGAAUUGCCUGUUGACAGAUCUGACUAUCCCCAUCCACAUCCCCUUCUGUGUACUGUGAGCACAUGCUGGAGAACAACAGCAUCAAGGUUUCGGCUGUGGUCACAGACAAGGUCAAUAGUGAGGAAGUGUACAUCACAGAGAAAGACAUUGUGCCAGAGAGGCCUUCAGUCACCAUCAAAGACAGGACUGUACAGUCCUGA